UAGGCGUUACGGUCGCUCCUUCUGAAGCUGCAUGCGAUAUGCCAGGACAGCUGCAGAGAGAGUGCUGUUUUUGUUCCUUUUUUUCCCUUUCUUUAAACAGGUUUUGGACACAUUGGAUUCUUCAUCCAUUUAUCCAUCUCUCACGUAGCUCUGCUCAGAGGUGCAUGAAGGAACGGCCAUACAAGAAAUCAAGGCGCUUAUGAUACUGAGAGCUCUUUCCAAAAGUGUCCUCUGAAACUGAGUAGCUACUUAAAGCUUGAAGAGAGGAAAGAAAAAGCGAUGGAUAAAUCUUAUAAUCAAACUAGGAAAGCAGCACAAAAAGAGGAAAAUCAAGAAUGAACACAACAGAGGAAAAGUAGUCUUUUGCUAACUUCAGAAAGCAUCAUCACAGAUGAUUACAAAUUGGAAACGGCACAGUACUGCAACAAAUCAGUAUUUUCUGGCAAAGCCUGCUAGCAAUGGCCAAGAGCAUUAACCCUUUAGAUGGCUGAACUGUUUCUUUGAACAGCCAGAGUCUGCCGACAAAAAGUUUAGCAGUGAAUUGGCUAAUUUUCAUGGGUAAUUUUGGAAUAAUUUUUAGUACAUGGACAGCCAGUUUACCUGAGAUUCAAUGGCUUCGACACUUUGAGUUCUUCAAAUUUUGUAGACCCUUUCAUUGAUGAUGAAAACAUUACCUCACAGAAUUCCUUCCUAGCAAAAUAAAUGCAUUGACAAGCUGAAGGACUCAUUUCAACUAACCAGUCUGGGUGCUCAGGCCCUUAGCUCAGAUGACUAGUUUGGAAAUACCUGUUCUUCUUAGUCUAAAAAGUUUUAGAAAAACAACUCAGGGCUGAUUGGCAUUCUCCAUUUUUGGUGUAUUUGUUGCAGUCACAAAGUUUAGCCACCGAAAUAAAGAUGGCUGCUGGAGUGGCAACAUGGCUGCCCUUUGCCAGGGCGGCAGCGGUUGGUUGGCUUCCUCUGGCGAAGAAAACCAUGCCCAAGCCGCCCCUGGACAAAAAGAGCCGCAAUGAUGAAAUUCUUUUUGUCAACGUAAGCGGGCUUCGCUUCCAGACAUGGAAAAACACACUGGACCGCUAUCCCGACACCCUGCUAGGCAGCUCGGAAAAGGAAUUUUUCUUCAACGAGGACACUCAGGAAUAUUUUUUUGAUAGGGACCCAGAGAUGUUCCGCCAAAUAUUGAAUUUCUACCGUACGGGCAAGUUGCACUACCCUCGGCAAGAGUGCAUUCAGGCCUUCGACGAGGAGCUGGCGUUUUACGGCAUCGUGCCAGACAUUAUCGGCGACUGCUGCAUGGAAGAGUACAGGGACCGAAAGAAGGAAAACCAGGAACGUUUGGCGGAGGACACUGAAGCGGAGAUGGCAACAGAUACGCCUUUACCACCAGACAGCACAUCUCGGGAGCGUUUGUGGCGAGCUUUUGAAAACCCCCACACAAGCACCAUGGCUCUCGUUUUCUACUACGUCACGGGUUUCUUCAUUGCCGUCUCGGUCAUUGCAAACGUAGUAGAGACCGUUCCCUGUCGGCCCCUUAAAGGCAGCAAGCGAGACUUGCCUUGCGGCGAGAAGUUCUCUUUAGCAUUUUUCUGCAUGGACACAGCAUGUGUGCUCAUCUUCACGUUUGAGUACCUAAUGAGGCUUUUCGCCGCACCCAGUCGUUGCAAAUUCAUGCGUUCGGUCAUGAGCGUAAUUGACGUUGUCGCUAUCAUGCCCUACUAUAUCGGCUUGGUCAUGCCCGAGAACGAGGACGUGAGCGGAGCCUUCGUAACCUUGAGGGUCUUCCGCGUCUUCCGAAUCUUUAAGUUCUCACGUCACUCUCAAGGCUUACGGAUCCUGGGUUAUACUCUUAAGAGCUGUGCUUCCGAACUGGGCUUCCUCCUUUUCUCGCUCACUAUGGCCAUCAUCAUAUUUGCCACCGUCAUGUUCUACGCCGAGAAAGGCACCAAGGGAACGAACUUCACCAGCAUUCCGGCCUCCUUCUGGUACACGAUUGUCACCAUGACAACACUUGGGUAUGGAGACAUGGUUCCGAACACCAUUGCUGGAAAAAUCUUCGGAUCUAUCUGCUCUCUCAGCGGCGUGCUGGUUAUCGCCCUUCCUGUACCUGUCAUUGUAUCCAACUUUAGCCGGAUCUACCAUCAGAACCAGAGAGCGGACAAGAUGCGAGCGCAGCAGAAAGUGCGUCUAGCCAGGAUUCGCUUGGCCAAGAAGGGAACCACCAAUGCCUUCCUAAAUUAUAAAGAAGAAGGAGGAUUUCAGGAUCGAGACAGCGACAGCGCUUUGUGUCUGAAAAACAGAUCUUCCUUUGAGCACCAACAUCAUCACCUGCUACACUGUCUGGAGAAGACAACAAACCAUGAGUUCACAGACGAGUUGACGUACAGUGAGAUGUGUAUGACAGAGUCGGUGGGCUACCGGACCAGCCGUAGCACUUCCAUCUCCAGCCAGCAGGGGGUGGCGACUUCCUGCUGCCCACGUAGGGCGAAGAGAAGAGCCAUCCGCCUGGCCAACUCGACUGUUUCUGUCAGCCGUGGUAGCAUCCAAGAGCUGGACACACUACAAGUGCACAAAAGCUCUGCUGGACCACAAAGUCGCUCCAGUCUCAACGCCCGGACUGAAGAUCUUAAGCUAAAUUGUGAGGACAGGGAUUUCACAGCAGCUAUAAUCAGUAUACCCACGCCUCCCGCGAACACCCCAGAUGAAAGCCUUCCGCCCUCCCCUGCAAUUCCAGGAAUCUUACGCAACUCGCGCGCCAUUUCCUACACCCAUGAGGCCUUUAAGAUCUCCUCCUUAUAACCUACACAAGCACACAAGCACCCCCUACUGCACAAUGAAAAGGAAGGAGGGGGCUUCUCCCAGGAAAAGACUGGAAUGCCUUCAUUCCAAAUUCCUUGACCGACUUGGACUUUUUGUGACCCUGUUGAACAUCAAAGGGACCUAGACAACUCACUUUGAUUGAUCGUACAUGUCUUGGGUCUUUCCUUGGAUGGCAAUUUAAAAGCUGAACUCGUAGAUGAAUCAGACUUUUAAAAUGAUAAAUCUACAGUCUUCGUGGCAUUGAAGGCCUUUAACCUUUAAAGAUAUGCAAUGUUAAAACAAGCAGGAAUUAUGCCUAUAUGGCCACUGCAUAACACAGUUGCAGGGAGAGAUUACAAAAAGUGGAAUUGAGCAUUAAAUUAUAUUGCUAUAUUGAAACUGUAGAUCUUUGCAGCGAGAAAUACGAAUGCAUGUGGCUGGUGGUAUACAGUAUAUAUAUCAAUACUUGUAUCAUACCUCUUUAGAUCACAUGCAUCUUCAAACCCCACGAAAGAAAAAAAAGAUUUCGGAGCAAUCCUACCCAAGCAUGCAUGUUGUUGUAUAGUAGAUACCAUGGCAGAGAAUGGAGCCGCUAACAUGCUACUCUCACAUACAUUUGCAUGGUACUUCUUUUACCUCUAUUUUGUUUGUCCUGUUUCAUUUCUUAACAUUGAUUAAAAACGACAAUAUUUACAAAGUAUUAAUGAUCAAACAUGCUGCUCAAGAAGUGCACAAUAGAAGAAAAAAUAAAGAUAAACAAAGUAUGUAAAACUUUCAGGCAUGUUCUUUGCAAAAAUCUAAGGCAACGUGUGUGUGAGAGAGUGCGUAUGAGGAGUGUUUGGGGAAAGAAUUGUGUUAAUUGAUCACAGAUAUGCAUGAAUACCGUUGUAGGUAUUUUUAUGUUUCUCCCAUGGGAAAAAGGAAGCUUUGUAUUGCAUCGUGUCUUUUUAAAUCAAAGUGAUUGGAGGGUGUUUACCACUGUCAAUGACAGCAUUUACUUGUACAUACUUAAGUAUAUACUAAAAUUAAUCAGAAUAUGGUCAUAUUCUUCUAAUGUAUGCGUCAAGCAUUAAAGGGAUAGUUCAUUCAAAUAUGAAAAUUCUCUCAUCAUUUACUCACCCUCAUGCCAUCCCAGAUGUUUAUGACUUUCUUUCUUCUGCUGAACACAAACAAAGAUUUAGUAUGUAAGUAAAAAAAGCACUUAAAUAUUUAUCUAUUUCUCACCCACACCUGUCAUAUUGCUUCCGAAGACAUGGAUUAAACCACUGGAGUCUUAUGGAUUACUUUUAUGCUGUCUUUAUGUGAUUUUUUCAGAGCUUCAAAAUUUUGGUACCCAUUGACUUCAAUUGUUUGAACCUACAAAUAGGCUGAAAUAUUCUUCUAAAAAUCUUUGUUUGUGUUCUGCACAAACAAAGUAACUAUUCCUUUAAUCUGAUUGCCAUAAACAGAUUAAGCCAAUAUUCAGGUUUCUAGAAAUCUGAACAAGACCCAUAGUUUUGGGGAAUUUGGGUAAUAUUAGAUAUAUAAUCAGAAUAUGACCAUGUUCUGAUUAAUUUCAGAAUAUUCUAGUGCAAGUAAAUGCAGUCAUUGAGUUUUACAGUAAGAAAUUGGACACACUUCUACUUGUUUUUCAGUUGGCUUAGAAAUCAUAUGUAACCUUUAAAUCCUAGCUAUUUUUAUAGUAUAUGCAUCUAACAUGGCUAGGCUAUAUAACAGUCCAACAAACCAUUUCACUAAAUUGUUUUGAUGCUCAUCAUUUACUACAGAUGUUAACGUUACUGUUGAAUUAAUAAUCAUAUGCAGCAAUGAGAACACAAUGAGGCAAUAAUACUGUAUUUUUUACUAAAAAAAGAAAUUAAAGAUUGUAUAUGAAUAGAAAAACAAACAAGGAGGAAUGCAAAUUUGCACUUGACUGUGAUGAAAAAUAUAUUUGUUACUCUGUUUACAAGCAUUGCUCCUAAGUUAUUUUUUACGUUUGCUUGGUUCUCUCUCUUUUUCCCCUCCAGCUUCAUAAAACGGUGUGAAGUGGUAAAUGUAUUAAUUGUUCAGACACCUGCUUCCGUUUGGGCAGGAACUGUUAGAUGAAACAACCCCGGUAGGAGAUAAAAGAGUUAGAUAUAAAAAGCACAGAGGUGUAAAGUCUAUUCCACAAAUAAAGUGAACAGAACUCAGAAAACACAAUGUCUGUCAGCUCUCAAUGACAUCUUAAACCAAACAAAUUUAUUUUUCGUGAAAUGUUUUGCUUGAAAAGUGUGCUUGUGCUUUUUGUCUUGAAA